AUGGAAAUGAAAAGUACACAUACGACGCAAGGAGUAAAUGUAGAUAAUGCGCAACAUGCAGUUUCGCAAACGGUGCAACGAUUGGUAAUGAAUAGCAUGCAGCAGUCGUGUACAGAUAGCAUACAGCAACAAACAUGUUCGACAUCACAAGACACAAGACAGGUGUGUGCUAGUGCUACUGUUACUGAAUGUCAAGAAGUUUGGUCAAAGUCAACAGAAGCAGAUGUAUCAAAUCAAACAGGUAGCGAAGUGUCAAAUGGUCAAGAUUCCCAAGAACCUCGAACCACAUGGCAAGAUGAUGAACACGAGUAUGAAAUACAGAUGAAUUUGCUCAAUGAGGAAUGGAAAAGGCCUGAAGUGAAGGAAAUUAUGACCAAAUUACUCAAAGGUGAAUUGAAAUUCGCGGAAGCAGCCAGUCGGAUAUCGGUUAUUCUGGGACACGAGGUAACGGUAGCAUCGGUACAGAAUCGUGCUUUACAUUUUUCCGAUUCGCCACAAUCAGGACAGUCAAAUAAUCAAAAAGAGCGUGAAGGCGACAGCGAAAAUAUCUUAGAAAAAAAGCACCCAAUUGUUGUAAAGAAGUUUGGACCGGAAUUUUAUGAAGUAAUACGAAAUUUACGUGGAAAUUUGAACAAUAUAGCGAUCAAGGAGCCACAGAGUAAUUGUGUGCGAAUUUACCGUCGAUCAACGACACGUCAUUACUACAGUUAUUAUCGCUGCUCAACAUGCGACCACAUGUCACGACGUGAAGUUCAAGACUGUCAUCCAUCACCGAUCAUCAAAAUGAUCCAUGACAAUAUCGUUGGUGAACCAUUUCCAUCACAUCAUCCUGAAUGUAAACCGAUAUCUUUUUCACAACUAAGAGCUAUGCAGAUAGAUCGAGAAAUUCGUCAAGAAGUGAUCAACGAAAUGAUGACUCCUUUCGAAGCUUGGUCAAAAGGCGACUUAAGAGCUCUGCUGGAGGAGGCAGGGAGGGUUUCACAACUUACAAAAUAUCAUCCUCAGUGGAAAAAAGUUAAGUGCAAGUCACGAAAUGAAAACGCGAGGCAUCCAUAUGCAAGGCCAUAUGGAGAAACAUUAAUAAGUUAUGAAGAAAAAAUACGCAGAAAGUUGAAUGAGCAGAUGAAACAUCCAGAUUCUCGUCCUGGUUCAAUUAUUUUAGAGCGAUUUGGCGCUCAGACACAAACAGAUAACGAAUGGUCAUUUGCGCCACGGAAGCAAGAUGGUUGUGCUUUUGUGACCGAUGAAUCGCAAUCUCUUAUAUCGGAUCUUAAGGCAGUGCCGGAUGCGGAUGGUUUGCUAUCGGGAGAAAGAAUGCACAUUGAACAAGCAAGAAUUUCAGUGGAGGGUACUUCAGAACUGAAUGCACCUGGAAAAACAAGAAAACUCUCGUUUGCUUCAAGAGAUUCAGGCGAACCAGUUAAUAAUUUUAGUGGCAGGAAUCAAACAGUAUUUGGUGGUCAAACACUAGCUAGUGAAACUGGGGCAGAAUCUGGUAUUACCUCUGUCUCCACAAGAAUAUCGAAAUUGUGCUCAGCCAGUAACUGUGCGAGUCAUGUUGCAAAAUUAGCAGUUGAUGGUAAACGAGAUAUGAUCAAGGAAACUAAUCGAAAAUUGUUUAUGGUUGAUGAUGAGCAUUUAUUGAAGUUAUUUCGAAGAUGUCCAGAUUGUGGUGAGCAACUGAAAACUUUGGCACUUUCAUCUCGAAAAGCAAUACCGAUGGUGACAUACAAAUGUCAGGGUAGUUGCGAAGAAAAAGUAUGGUUCGGUUACGAAUCCAAAUAA